AUGGCCCUUAAAUCACUGCUGAACCUCCGAAAGAGGAACAGCUCGGACGACGAGACAACCAAGGAACGAUACACAUCCCAGCCACCAACACGACCAGCAAGCUCGGAACAGACACUUCAAGGAGAGGAAGGGAGUCCUAGUGAUGAACAAAUCAAGCGAGCAACGAGGCUACGACGAUUCUUCGCCUACAGUGCAUCCUUUGGGUACCUGGUGUCUUGGGUGUUCCUGAUACUGAUUCUCGUUGGCAACACGUCCGACAAGCCCGUGCUUCGCAGUACUUACUUCUACAAGCUCAACCUGGCCGACAUCAUUCCGGCAUCGGUCCCAAAUGCGCAGUUGAUCAACAGUAUCGCUCAAAGUAUAGGACUCCAUGACUUUUAUCAAGUUGGUCUGUGGAACUUUUGCGAGGGAUACCAAUCCGAGGGAAUAACCUACUGCUCCGAGCCCGAAACACUCUACUGGUUCAACCCAGUCGAAGUCAUUAUGAACGAGCUUCUCUCGGGCGCCACCGUCGCGAUCCCCGCCGCUAUUAUUACCAUCCUCUCGGUCCUGCGCAUUACCUCGCAGAUCAUGUUUGGCUUUUUCCUGACCGCCUGCGUGCUGAACUUUGUCCUCAUCUUCGUCUCUCCAAUCCUCCCCGUCAAGUCGCGGUGGUGGUCCCUCCCGCUCUCCCUCUUCUCGUUCGCCUCCAUGAUCCUGACCCUGGCCGCCUCGAUCAUCGGCACUGUCAUCAGCUACGCUUUCAAGUACGCGGCCGAAGCGCAGUCGGACCUCAAUAUCCACGCUGAGGUCGGCACGUACAUGUUUGUCUUCAUGUGGAUCGCCACAGGCUUCACCAUGUGGAGUUUCGCGGUGCACAGCGGCAUGGGAUGCUGCUGUGCGAGCAAGCGGGAUCUGAAGAGCGGGAGGAGGCUGAUCAGGCCCGAUGGGAGGAUCAUCCACGCCGGCUAG